UGUGAUCGGUGAGGAGCGAGGGGGUUCCAGGAGGGUUUGCCUGGGUUUGCCGCAGCCCCGCAGGGCCGGACCCGCCCAUUUUGCUAGCGUUUCCCGCUGCGGUGGCGGGGGCCACCCGAGUUCAUUCAUUCCGGGACCUGGCUCCCGGCUCGCGCUCGGAGCCCUGGACCGUCGUCCAGGAUUAUCUGGGCCGAGCCCGGGCGCCAUCAACUCCCCUCCAUUGUACAGAGUGGGAAAACUGAGGCGGCGACCGCUGGCCAAGGUCAGUCCCCGGGGCCCGGAGCGAUGCGGGCCUCGGAACAGCCUUCCUACCUCCCGGAGCUCCUCGGCGACCGCUUUCCGGCGGGCGCGCGGUGCCAUGGCAGAGAAGGUGCUUGUAACAGGUGGGGCUGGCUACAUCGGCAGCCACACAGUGUUGGAGCUGCUAGAGGCAGGCUACUCUCCUGUGGUCAUUGACAACUUCCAUAAUGCCAUCCGUGGAGGGGACUCCAUGCCUGAGAGCCUGCGGCGGGUUCAGGAGCUGACAGGCAACUCUGUAGAGUUUGAGGAGAUGGACAUCUUGGAUCAAGCAGCCCUACAGCACCUCUUUAAAAAGCACAGCUUUAAGGCUGUCAUCCACUUUGCUGGGCUCAAGGCUGUGGGCGAAUCAGUGCAGAAGCCUCUAGAUUACUACAAAGUUAACCUGACUGGGACCAUCCAGCUUUUGGAGAUCAUGAGGGCCCACGGGGUGAAGAACCUGGUAUUCAGCAGCUCAGCCACUGUGUAUGGGAACCCCCAGUACCUGCCUCUGGAUGAGGCCCACCCAACAGGGGCCUGUACCAAUCCCUACGGCAAAUCCAAGUUCUUCAUCGAGGAGAUGAUCCAGGAUCUAUGCCGGGCAGACACGGCCUGGAACGCAGUGCUGCUUCGGUACUUCAACCCCAUAGGCGCCCAUGCCUCCGGCCGCAUCGGCGAAGAUCCCCAGGGCAUCCCCAACAACCUCAUGCCCUAUGUCUCCCAGGUGGCAAUUGGGCGACGAGAGGCCCUGAAUGUCUUUGGUGAUGACUACGCUACAGAGGAUGGCACAGGCGUGCGGGAUUACAUCCAUGUGGUUGAUCUGGCCAAGGGCCACAUAGCGGCCUUGAAGAAGCUAAAGGAACAAUGUGGCUGCCGGAUCUACAACUUGGGCACAGGCACAGGCUAUUCUGUCCUGCAGAUGGUCCAAGCCAUGGAGAAGGCCUCAGGGAAGAAGGUGAAGAUCUAUGGCGUUGGCAGAAGCAGAAUCCUUCCGGCUUUGGGGCACAGGCCUGAGGACCACCCUACCAUGGACCACAGAGGGAAAAGCAGCAGCCACCCACUCUCCAGCCUCAGCAGGAUCCCACAUCCCCCAGCUCUGGGGCCAAGCCGAGGCCACCCUACCUCAAAUGCUAGCCAGCCACUCAGUACUGCAGACAGGAGACCUUAGGCUCUGCUGACCAGGAGCUAGGGUCUCUCAGACCCGUAGGGUCCAGGAGUUUGUGGGACCAUCAGGCUGGGUGAGGAGGCAGGGUUCUGGGACCAGAAUCUCUUCUAAGGCACUAACAUACUGCUAUGAAGGAACUUUCCAAGUAUUUAAAAUAAAAAUGUUUUCUUAUCCUG